AGACUCAAACAAACUUCACCUGCAUUUCAUUUUGCGUUUGCACUCUCUCUACGUUUCACUCUUCUUCUUCUUCUUCUUCUCUUCUUCUCACAGGGGACUUAACCCUAAUCCCCAAAAUUCAAUUCUAGGGUUUUUUCUUCAUCCCAAUUACAAUGUCUCAAAACGGUAAAUUGAUGCCAAAUCUCGACCAACAAAGCACUAAGCUUCUCAAUCUCACCGUUCUGCAACGAAUUGACCCUUUCGUUGAAGAAAUUCUCAUCACCGCUGCUCAUGUUACGUUCUAUGAGUUUAACAUCGAUCUUAGCCAAUGGAGCCGUAAGGAUGUUGAAGGAUCUCUCUUUGUUGUUAAGAGAAAUACUCAACCUCGAUUUCAGUUUAUUGUGAUGAACCGUCGCAAUACUGAAAAUUUGGUGGAGAACCUCCUGGGGGAUUUCGAGUAUGAAGUUCAGGUUCCAUAUCUAUUAUAUAGAAAUGCUGCUCAAGAAGUGAAUGGUAUUUGGUUCUAUAAUGCUCGCGAAUGUGAAGAGGUUGCAAAUCUUUUUAGCAGGAUCCUUAAUGCAUAUGCAAAGGUGCCUCCAAAGUCAAAGGUGUCUUCUACAAAGAGCGAGUUUGAGGAACUGGAAGCAGUACCAACUAUGGCAGUCAUGGAUGGUCCUCUUGAACCAUCAUCCUCCACUACUACCAAUGCAGCUGAUGUUCCUGAUGAUCCAUCCUUUAUAAAUUUCUUCAGUGCAGCUAUGGCUUCCGGGAAUACUUCAAAUGCUCCAAUCACUGGACAACCUUAUCAGCCUUCUGCCACCGUUUCUUCUUCUGGGCCAACUCAUGCUGCUACACCCAUCAUGCCAACCUUGCAGAUACCAUCUCUUUCAUUAUCUACUCCUCUUAUACCCAACCAUGAUGCUCCUGAGCCCAUCAGCAGCAACAGCCGAGCCACUAAUCUUGUGAAACCUUCUUUUUUUGUCCCUCCCCCUUCUACCGCAGCAAUGAUGUUACCCCCCGUGUCUUCAUCUGUACCUACUGCCCCUCCACUUCAUCCUACUGGUAGUGUACAACGUCCUUAUGGUACUCCAAUGCUACAGCCAUUCCCACCUCCAACUCCACCACCUUCACUUACUCCCGUUCCUUCUCCCCUUCCAAACUAUGUUCCAGUUAUUUCUAGAGAAAAGGUCCGAGAUGCUCUUCUGGUGCUCGUUCAGGACAAUCAAUUCAUUGAUAUGGUUUAUAAAGCGCUGCUGAAUGCUCAUCAAUCAUGACUUUCAAGAGGUGUUUAAUUAUCAACUCACUGGAAGAAUUGUUUUUUGGACUGAAUUACAUUUUCUAUAAGUUUUAGGCCAGGCUUUAAUCAUGUCAUAAACUUAAGGUUAUAGGGGUGGUAAGGUUGUUAUUAAGUCUUGUUUAUUGUGUAUUUUAUUAAAUUGUUAUAUGGUAAGACGACUUUGCAUAGCACAUCAUUUGUCAGUGUUUCAAUGAACAAUUGAACAUGGACUCUGCUGCAUAAUGCAAGUAUAUAGGCAGACUAUUUUUUUCUUUUUUUGGGAUUAUACAGCAGCUGAGAAGCAUUUUUCUGAUUGACAAAUUCGUUUCCUUUUCCCUAGUGAA